AUGGAGGCCCAAGAGGAAAAGCAGCUCGACCUGGUCCCCGAACGCUUCAGCUUCUACUCCUCCAAGACGAAGGAAACCACCGUCUCUUCGACCUGGGACGGUCUCUUCCCAGGCGGUCACAUCGACCACAUCUUCCAGGAAAAACAUAAAGGCCGCCCAGACCCUAGCCAACCAAUCUGGUGGAUCGACAUCUGCGACGCCACAGAGGAAGACGUCAACGCCGUCGCCCAGGCCCUGUCCAUCCACCCCCUGACGGCGGAGGACAUCGCCAUCCGCGAGCCGCGCGAAAAGGUUGACGUCUUCAAGAACUACUAUCUCCUCUCCUUCCAGACUCUUGUCACCAAAAGGGUCAAACAGGAGCGCCCGGGCAUUCCCGUCUCCGCGGCGUUGUACAUUCUCGUCUUCCAGUACGGCGUCGUGACUUUUACGCCUGGUGGCUGUGAACAUGUGAACCGGGCUCGGGAUCGCAUUCGCAAAAUGCACGACCCUUCCAUCUUGACUAGUGACUGGGUCUGCUAUGCAAUGAUAGACGAUAUAAUCGAUAGCUUCGAGCCCCUCACCCGCGAUGCAGAGCACGAGUCUGAAGCAAUUGAGGACCAGGUUUUCAUUGCUCGUAUCGACGAUGCCCAAGCGCUCAUUCCGCAGGUUGAUGUCCUGCGCAAGAGGAUCACACACAUCAUCCGCUGUCUGCAUGGCAAGGUCGAUGUGUUGAACGGUUUUGUCAAGCGAUGUCAGUCGCCAGACAAGCAUCCUGUCUUCCCGGAUGGAGAUCUCAUUCUCUACCUCGGUGAUGUCCAAGAUCAUCUUGUCACGACCUUGUCGACGCUUGGCCACAUUGAUGAAAUCAUCGGUCGGUCGCAGGCGAAUUGUUUGGCUCAACUGAGCGCUACUAACCUCAGACUCAGUUUGACUAUUAACUCUGGUCUGAGUAAGGUGACUAUGCUGGCGACUAUCUUUGUACCGUGCCAUCUUGUCACGGGAAUGUGGGGAAUGAACGUCCCAGUUCCUGGAGAAGACUCCCAGGGCCUGGGAUGGUUCUUUGGUAUUGUUGGUUGUUUUGCGGCAUUCAUGGUUGUUUGUAUGGCGGCUGCAGUGAAGUAUAAGCUUCUGUAA